AUGAAUCCCAUCCCCAGCGCUUCUUUCAUCCCCUGUCUCCUGAUCUUCUCCCUCCUGGCAUCCCAUAUCCCUCCGGUAUCUGGCCUGAGCACUGUGCACAUCUCUCGUUCAAAUGAGCCCCUCCCCCUCAAUAGGCCUCUGCUAGGGAUUCAGAUUGGAAGCAUCGCUGGUGCCUACAUCGUCUUCGUUGCUUCGCUCAUCGCUCUCCUUCUUUUUGUCGGACGAAAGCUACGUCGGACAGUUCAGUCUUCAAACUGCACUCUUCAGAUGGAAAUGCUGAAGCCAGAAUUGAAAUCACCUGCCAGCAUUGAUCCUAGUCCCAUUUCUCCCGGUUCUCCCCACUAUCUGGCUAGCCCGACCAAGGCAGGCGGAUACACAUCUUGGGGUAGUCUUCCUCACGGCUCUCAUCCUUCCCAACCCUCUGUCAACGGCAGUAUGGUGACAGUUGAUGAAUCUGUGGUGGCCUCGGACCGCCAGCGGAACCAGAAUGACCUGGAGAUGCUAUAUGCUGCUGUCAUGGAACAUGACGCCCAGAAGGCAGCUGGAAUCAAUGUUUCUACCAAAGAACCGGAUUCUAUGAGCACAUCUCCAGACAGCCAUUACACCAAUCCAUUUGCCGAUCCACAUAGAUCGCGCUCAGACCUCGCUUCAGCGUCUUCGCUGAAAUCUCCCAUCUCCACCAAGUCAAAUGGGUCCUCACGCCUCUCCAAGCUAUUCAACUUGAACUCUCGCUCCUCGACAUCUGAGAGUCACAAGUUACGGUCCCCCCGAAUGCCCCCGAAAAAGGUGGUAAUUUCAUCCCCAAUGGCCUCGCCAGAUAUUUAUGCAUCCAAGUCAUAUGGCAACGACCAGGCCCCUAUGUCACCACGGAUCUAUUUUCCUCGCCAACCCCCACCGAAUCCUCGGGUGGAACCCCCUGCUCCGGUGAAGCUGAUGAAUUCUCCUGGCCGCUCUCGUGUGCCACCCCCUCUGAAUUUGACACCAAACAGCAUCCAUUCGCACUCGAGUUCUUUGCCUUUACGCGAGGCGUAUCCUUUGCAGAGCGCCCCAGCAACCAAGACCACCAUCUUGGAACGACCUAUGAAGGGCCGCGGUGGACCAAUGACAGGCAUGCCUACGCCGUACAGUCCCUAUAUGCCUUUCACCCCAGUGACUCCAUUUACACCUGGUCAUAGAGUGACUCGGGAUCAACGACGACUCCAAGAGCGCCAGAAUAAUCUGCGAGUGUUAAAUGAGGAUGACAUGGUUAAAGACAAUGAUGAUGUCUGGGGAUAG